UGGGCACAGGUCGGUGGCACUGCUGGGCACAGGUGGGUGGCACUUCUGGGCACAGUGGGUGACACUGCAGAGUGGCACAGGUGGGUGCGCUGCUGGGCACAGGUAGGUGGCACUUCUGGGCACAGGUGGGUGCACUGCUGGGCACAGGUGGGUGCACUGCUGGGCACAGGUGGGCGGAGCUUGCGGGUGGCACUGCUGGGCACCGAUCAUCAGGGCACUGAUCAUCAGUGCCCUGAUGAUCGGUGCCGAUCCCCACUCUGACAACUGCCGGUUCUCGGCAGUACUUUCCUCACGAUCUGACAGCGUGAGGAAAGUGCAGCCGAGAAUCGGCACUUGCAU